AUGCUCUUCCUAGCCCCCGCAAUCCCCCGGCCGCUCCCAAGGGGCUGUGCCCACCUCCCCCUUGCUCCCCCUCUCCGUCUCCGCUCCUGA